CCGGCGGGCUGCACAGGACUGCACUCCAUUUCCAUGACGACGGAGAGGGUUGUUGGCGCGGAGAUGAGGAGCGCGAUGGAGGCAGACACCAGGAGAGCCAAUCAGGUCCCCGAGGAUCACGAGGUGGACGAUAGCUCGGAGAAAACUCCAAGUAAAGCAUCCAAAUCUCCUCAGAAAAGCUCCAAGAGACCCAAGACCGUGCCUGUCAAAGUCACUCUCCUGGACGGAUCGGACUACGACACUGCAGUAGAGAAAUUUGCCAAAGGACAGACUCUGCUGGACAUGGUGUGUGGUCACCUGAACCUGCUGGAGAGGGACUACUUCGGACUCAUGUUCCAAGACACUGACAACUCCAAGAAUUGGCUGGAUCCUUCCAAAGAGAUUAAGAAGCAGAUUCGGGUGGGUUCCUGGGUGUUUGCGUUCUCAGUGAAGUUUUAUCCUCCGGACCCAUCAGUGCUCAUCGAAGACAUCACCAGGUACUACUUGUGUCUCCAGUUGCGCGAUGACAUUUUGUCCGGCCGCCUUCCUUGUUCCUUCGUCACCCACGCGCUCUUAGGCUCUUACACUGUCCAGGCCGAAAUAGGGGACUACGAACCGGAGGAGCACGGCCCGGACUACGUCAACGACUUCCGCUUUGCCCCGAACCAAACCCGAGAGCUGGAGGAGCGAGUGAUGGAGCUGCACAGAAACUACAGGGGGAUGAGUCCGGCAGAGGCGGAGAUGAACUUUCUAGAAAAUGCCAAGAAGCUUUCGAUGUAUGGAGUGGACCUACAUCAAGCCAAGGAUUCAGAGGGUAUCGACAUAAUGCUUGGAGUCAGUGCCAGUGGGCUGCUCAUCUACAGAGACCGCCUCAGAAUCAAUCGUUUCGCUUGGCCAAAAAUCCUCAAGAUUUCUUACAAGAGGAGCAACUUUUACAUCAAGAUCCGUCCUGGCGAGUACGAACAGUUUGAGAGCACCAUAGGCUUCAAGCUGCCCAACCACCGGGCUUCCAAGAGACUCUGGAAAGUCUGCAUCGAGCACCACACUUUCUUCAGAUUGGUGUCUCCAGAGCCUCCUCCUAAGGGCUUCCUCGUGAUUGGCUCAAAGUUUCGGUACAGUGGGCGGACUCAGGCCCAGACCAGACAGGCCAGUGCCCUCAUCGACAGACCCGCCCCCCUGUUCGAGCGCUCUGUCAGCAAGAGGUACAUGCUUCCCCGGAGCCUGGACGGAGCCUCUGCUCUCGGGGACAGCAUGGACCAGCUGUCUCAGAGGAGCUCCAGUGACCGCACACAGUUCAUGUCCAGAGACGAUCUGGACCAAGAGGGAAGUCUGGACCUGGAUCACGACCAGUACCACUACGAAGACCAGGACCAGGGAGACUUCACAGACCAGGAGUUAGACCAGGGUCCAGGCCAGGGUCCAGAUCAGAGAUACAGGUCCACCCGGGACUCUGAGGUCUCCCCACCGCCCAUCAAAACCAUCGAACUCAAGCAGUUUUUGGAUAAAUCCGAAGACGUCCUUCAGAAGCACCAGGCGAGCAUCAACGAGCUGAAGCGAGCUCUGAAGCAGCCCAACAGCAAGAAGCGAGUCCCCUCCUCCACCUCCUCCACGUCUCCCGGAGGAACACCUGAACGCAAACCCGAAACUCCUCCCACUCCAGCCAUCCACGAGGAGCCUCCCAGUGAAGCAUCGAGGGAGCCGUGGGAGCGGCGUCUGGGCUCUGUCUCCGAGGACGACCAGGACCAUGAAAGCCUGUACCUGAAGGAGACUCACCUGGGCAUCGAGAGGAAGUGCUCCAGUAUCACAGUGAGCUCCACGUCCAGCCUGGAGGCCGAGGUGGACUUCACUGUCCUCACAGACCUGCACAGCGGCAUGGAGGAGUUCUCCAGAGGCAUGUCCGAGCUCGGAGAGCGAGACCUGUCCCCAGACCGAGGCCUUUGUCUGGGCAUCGACCUCCUGCAUCAGCACCCCCCUGAACCACUGCCCCCUCUAGUGGCCGCUCCUCUGCCCAAAGUCAGCAGCAGCCCCCCCACCAGGCCAGUGCAGGCGGAGGAGGUGCGGCAGGAUGUGCCCCGGAGGACUGAGGGACCAGAGAUCAUCAGACAGCCUGUCGUUCCCAAGAAGCCAAAGCGUUCGGUGCCUGUCUCAUCGUCCGUGGACAGAGACGGCGGUAGAGUGGGCGCCGUGACACCUCUGAGCAGAGAAGCCAGCGACCUGACGCCCACCCCGGCACCCAGGAAGACAGACGUACGCACAGAGACCCAGCCCAACGGAGCGGAGGUCACCACCACCAUCGUAGAGUUCACCGACCAGGAUCAUGGUUUGAGCGGUCUGAGUGAUACUACGCCCUACUCGACAAGACAAAGUGUUUCUCCGGUCCAUAUGAGCACUUUUGGCAGAGAGAGCGCCGGGUCGCCCAUCCUCAUGACUGAAAACGUUACCUCAGCCACCACUCAUGUCACCAAAACGGUGAAGGGAGGGUACUCCGAGACCAGGAUCGAAAAGAGAAUCAUCAUCACAGGAGACGAUGACGUGGACCAAGAACAGGCUCUGGCCAUUGCGAUCCAGGAGGCCAGACAGCAGCACCCGGACAUGCAGGUGACGAAGGCUGUGGUCGUCAGGGAAACCGAGUCGUCCACUGAAGAUCGACACGGGGCAUCUGAGUUGUGAUUCCUCGAGACUACAGUGCCCCCCUAUGGCUCGUACGUGUCAGUGCCCCACCUGGACCUACCACCCACUGUCUGAACACCAAACCAACCACGCGGAUCUUGUUUUCACUUUGUUUUUCAAGCGUCAC